AUGCCUAAGAAGAGGACUACAGAGUCAGGUAGGAGACAUGCGUUUGUUUCAUUCAGAGAGAGAGUCGAUUCUAUCAAGAUAGAACCCAAUAAAAGACUUGAUAAAAGAGUUCAUGAUGAAGUAGAAUCUUCACAUUUGUUAACUACGCUUGAGCACUGGAAUGAACUCAAUCUAUCAGGAACAUUUACCGAAUUGUCAUCUAGUAUUGAGAAUUAUUGUCAAUCUUUACCACAAGUGCUACAUCACAAGCAAGAGAUUUAUGAUUCAAUUUAUCAGGCAAUACACAAGAAUGAUAUACACUCACUACAACCAAGUUUGGAACUUUUGAGUCAAUUUAUUCAUGAUUUAGGACCAGAUUUCUUACCAUUUUACGAAAAGACAUUGCAAUUGUUAGUUGAUGUGGUUUUAAUGCAAAGUCCAAAUGAUAUACAAAAUAAUCGGAAUACGUCAAAUGCAUUGAAUUGGAUCUUUACUACAUUAGCAUUUGCUUUCAAAUACCUAGUGAAAACAUUAACUCAAGAUUUGCAACCCACGUUUUCUGGUCUUUUACCAUUAUUGACAUUACACAAUAGGGCUUACAUUUCAAGGUUUUGUGCUGAAGCUCUUUCGUAUCUUGUCAGAAAACUGAGUGCUGAUGUCCUUCGAAAGUUUAUUCACUAUGCAAUAUAUGAGCAUAUGGAAGAGGUGGCAUCUAAUUACCAUUACUUGGAAUCGUUGAAGGUAUUAUUUAGUGAGUCCAUGAAGAGUACAAGAGGAUCAUUUCAUACAAAAUCAAAAACCAUCUUGACGAUAUUAAUGGAAUGUAUAGUUUCUGAAAUUAAAGAAGAAUAUCAACCACAAGUCACCUCAUUAGUGUCAGACAUUUUGUUGGAUGUAUUACACCAUGGUGAACAAGACGCAUGCCAGGAUUUUUACAAGUUGGUGUCUGGAGCUGUCCACGAUAUUAUUCAGACCACUCAGGAUGAUCUCACAUUGUUGAUGUCUAGUCAGCUACUAUCCACUUUGUGUUUUGUUGAUUCAGGAAGGAAAGUUACUGAUUGGAGCUGUGUUUUGGAUGUGGUGGACGAAAUUCUUGUGGCCACUAAGAACUUACAGAAGUCUUCUUUGGAACUAAACGAAUCGUUGGUGUAUUUAAUGACUAUAAUUUUCAGAAAUGUGGAUAUUCAGACUCUUAUGUCGCGUCAUAAGCGAUACUUUGAUGCAAUGUACGACUUGAACCAUGGUUUAUGUUUUCUUCCCUUUGCUUAUGCUGGCUUGGCCAUUGCCGGUGAAAAAAUGAAAAACUUUGGCAUUUUCAAACAAAUUCAGGUGUACAUAAACAAUUCAAACACCGUAGAGAAGUUGCAAUCGGUUGUCUUAUUUUUGGAGAAACAAGGAGUACAAGGACAACUGAAUUUCACCAUACCGGAUCAUAUCUUGGAUACACAGUCACAGCAUAUUGUGCAGGAUCUAGAGCUGGCUAAUUAUCAAAACAUAUAUUGGAGAUUAUUGGUCGUGAAGCACACUGCGAGAAGGACACUCGAUGAGUCAAUUUUAAUACAGUUGGUAAACAGGGCACCAGAUUCUGUCGUUGGAAGAGAAGUUGUGUCCCUAGCUGUUGAGUUGUUGGCCCCACAAUUGGAAAAGUCAUCAUCUAUCGCACAAGAGUUAACCUUGCUUAUUUUGGAUCAAUUUGAAAAGUUCAGUCGAUCAUUGAACUUCUUACCAGCAAUGACACAAUUUAUAAAGGUUGUCGAUGUACCGCAAAAGUUUAUGGACUCAGCAUUGGAAUGCCUACUUUUACCUAGUCAUGAUACCAGAUCUCACGCCAUAGACCUCAUUGAGUCUAUUCUCACUAUAGAACAACAGCCUAUUUCACCCAUAUUUCUGCAAAUUAAGUUGAUUGAGCAGAUUCCAUUGACUAUAGACACAGGUCGUGAUAUCAUGCUUCGAGUUCGUAGUUUAGGAAUUGAACUUCUGAAAGAGAUAAACCCCACUAAGUUUGACAAGACGGCAACAGUGAAUUUCCUAUUUGGGUUAUUAUCAAACAAAUUUCAACCAAGUUGGAAAGCUGUCUUGGAAGCAGUUCCGUUGAUUGCAAGUACUUGCAAGAGUGAAAUAUGGAAGAAUUCUUUUGAGUUUUUGGUGAUGGAAUACGAGUCGAGAGAUGAGUUGCACGAAUUUUCGUCAGAGGUGGCUUCGAAUUUGAUACAGUGGCAGCCAAAAAACUACAGAUUGCAUCAAAAUUUUGAACAAUUUGAAAACAACUAUUUGGUCUAUUUUAGAAACAUUGACAGGUCAAUCGACGGUUUGGCACAAAGUGCGUAUCAACAGAAUGAAUUUGAAACACUCAUCCGCUCCAAUACACUACAGGCUCUUCAGAGUGCUCCUUUUGUUGUUGAUGCGCCAAAGUUAGCUGGUUUUUUACUUGACGACAAGCAGCACCUCGUAUAUCAAAAGUGGUCCAAGAAUGAUAAAAAUGAAUAUUUGGCUUUAUUAUCUAAAGUGAAGGGCUUAAAGAAGAUCACUGAUAGUGAGAACGUAUUUAAUUUCAUGUUGGAUUUGUUGACGAGUACAUAUACAAAGGUUCAGCAGUUAUCACUUGAUGUGAUUUUUUCAUUCAACGACCCAACCAUCAAUAAGCAUAGAGACGUGUUGAAAAAUUUGUUGGAUGAUGUAACUUUUAGCGAUGAAUUGUCAAAGUUUACUUCUGUUGACUGCCCAAUCGAGAGUGAGGACAAGGAACACAUCAUGCCAUUGGUUAUCAGAAUAUUAUUUGGAAAGUUUCAAGGGAAGCCAGCUAGUAAGAGCAAACAGGGUGGAAAGAAUGCUGUACUUUUGUCAUUACCAAGUUUUGACGAUAAUGAAAUAGCUUCUUUUAUCGAUAUUGGAGCAAGCAAAAUUAAUUACAGGGACUAUUUUGAAAAAAGAAUGCCAACAGUUAGUUUAGGAUUGGAUAACAGUGAGUUGAAAAAAAUUACAGGAUUCAUUAAUUUACUCCAACAGGUUUACGAAGUAUUCAGGAAAAAUCAUGCAUCUGUUUUGGCAACCACCAUUGAGCCUCUCAUAUAUUCACUUUUAUGUGCCCAAAACAGAGUUGAUUGUGGUGUUGAUGGCGAAGAUCCUGUUUCAGAUAAGAUGGCAAGAAACAUUAGACUGAGUGGAAUGAGAAGUUUGAAGGAACUUUUCCAAAUCCUUGGGCCACAGUUUGACUGGGCGCCGUAUGUUGGUGUUGUGAGUAACGAUUUGAUUGCACCAAGGUUGCCAAAAUUUGCCAAUGAGAACUUACAGCAACCGCUGGCUGUGUUAUUGUUAAUGUGCUUUUGGAUCCAGCUGCCAAACACUUUGCCCUUUUUGUUUGCCAACGAUUUUGAUGCUGUAAAAGCAAUUUUGUCACUUUUGGAAAAAUCAGAUGCAAAAGAGUCUGUCAUAUCUAUAGUAUUGGAUUUUGCUGUAACUGCAUUGGAGAAGAGAAGUGAUUCAGAGGAAAGUUAUUUCACUUUGUUAGCCAUAGUAGUGGAUUCGUUGCUUCACACUUUGUCAUCAACUAUCAAUCGAAUUCUUGACCCUGAAGUGGGCUCCAAGGCAAUCAAAACACUUCUCCUUAUGAUACAAGGAGAUUAUAUUGACACCAAAGAGACGAAAUCAGCGUUGAUCCAAUCAUUGACUUUCGCACUUGAACGUAAUAAUCAACAAAUUGACGUCAGCGAUAAAUCCAAUAUCCUUGUUGCUUUGUCGUCAUUGAUGGCUAGCUACGAUUGUACAUUCGAGGAAAUUUUGCCAUUAUACCACGCUUGUUCAAAACUUCUCAGAGUUAUAUCUACCAAAGAAGUUCGUGAGACGUUAGCUACCUUGUUUGGAGUACUUGGGACCAAGUUCGAGCAAUUACUGGUGGUGGCUCGGGUUAUCAUUGGAUUAAAUGCCUACACAUCGAGAAUGAAUGAGUAUGAUUUCGAAAAAAGACUUGACGCUUAUCGAUUGGUGAAUGAGGAAUUGUUUUUAGAAUUUGACCCCACCCAAUGGAUGCCAUUGAUUAGUAAUGCAUUGUUUAAUAUCAAUGAUCCGACUGAGUUGGCUAUCCGUGUGAAUGCAGGAUAUCUUUUAAAAAGGUUCGUUGAUUGUUAUACAUCAAAGUCGUCUAUUGAUGAAGCUUUACCUUAUAUUCAUUUGUUGAAGGACACGAUACUUCCAAUAGUGAGAAUUGGUAUAAGGAAAGACAACGAAGAUGUUCAAAAUGAAUACAUUGCUGUUUUGGAGUAUAUUGUAAAAAAUGACAAGUAUUACCCCGAUUUGAAAGACUUGCAGGUGUUGAUUGGAGAUGAGGAUGAGGAAGAACUGCAAUUUUUCCGCAAUAUAAACCACAUUCAAUUACACUUACGUCAAAAGUCUAUUCGAAGAUUGAGCACAUUUGCUGACUCGUUGAAUGGAAGCAAUGUAUCGCAUUAUUUACUCCCAUUAUUAGAAAAAUAUGCUAUUUCAAAGGAAGAAAAGUAUAGAAACAUUGGGCUUGAGGCAUUGGAGUCGAUCAAAAUUCUUAUUCGCUCAAUAAAUUGGAAUCAAUUUAAGGCGAUUCUCAAACGUUAUUUGGCUGGUCUCAAAAUGGAUUCCGAAGUGUUGAGACAACGUGUCAACUUGGUAGUGGCAAUCUCAUCAGUUUUGAAAGAUCACAAGGACAAUGGAACUUUGGCCAGCAAUUUAGCUUCACAGGAGGAUAUUGAUGGAUUUUUACAAAUUGAUGUUUUACCUCAGAUUACAAAGAUUUUACAAGUACGUGAUGAUGAUACAAUUGUUGCACGUGCUCCUUUAGCUGAAGCAGCAAUCAACUUGAUAUUAUCUCUUUCCGAUGACAAAAUUGAGGGUGCCUUACCGUCAGUGUUGACUAGUUUGUGUCAAGUUAUGAGAUCUAGAUCCGAAGAGUUGAGAGAUGCUGUGAGAAAGACUUUGGGUAAGAUUACUAUUGCCUUGGGUGCAAAUUACUUUUCAUUUAUUGUCAAGGAAUUGAAAACUGCGUUAUCAAGGGGUUCGCAGAUUCAUGUUCUCAGUUUUACUGUUCAUUAUCUUUUGCAAUGCUUGGCCAACGUUUUAAAACACGGUGAUUUGAAUGAGUCUAUUUCGUUAACAAUUGAAAUUGCAAUGGAGGACAUUUUUGGUGCCGCUGGCCAGGAAAAGGAUGCUGAUGGUUAUACAAGCAAGAUGAAGGAAGUUAAAUUCAAAAAGAGUUUUGAUACAUGCGAAAUAUUAGCAUCAAAUAUCUCGCUUAAUCAUUUUGGUGAGUUGAUUAACCCAAUUAAGCUUUUACUCCAGGAAACAAUCAAUCAUAAAGUGCAAGUGCAGCUUGACGAAGUGCUUCGAAAGCUUUCACUUGGUUUGAAUCAUAAUAUCGAAGCUUCGAAUCAAAGUAUUUUGCAUUUGUGUUAUGAGAUCUUUAUCAUGUCGGGUGAAGCUGAUCCAAAUCAAAAAGUAACCAAAAUUAGUGAAUCAGAGCAACACUUUUUGACGACCUUAAAUAGAAAGGCCAAGAGCCAUGUUGAUCGACUGAUUUAUAAACAAACAAUGCAGAAACUUUCUCUUGAGUUGUUGAGAACUGCAAUUUCAAGGCAUGAAAAUUUACUCCUAACUUCAAAUUUGAGAGGAUUUGUUCCAUUAUUGGCAACAGGAGUUAACUCAGAAGGGGAAGGUGUUGUUUUAGCCUCAUUGAGGGUUUUAACUAUAAUAAUUCGUUUACCAUUUGAUGAAGAGGUUCAAGGUGUAUUAAAAUCGUGUGUCAGAAAGGCAUUGCUUUUAAUUAAAGACUCACCAACAACUAACCUGGAUGUCUGUCAAGCAGCCCUUAAAUUUUUGGCCACUACUAUUAAGCAUAACCCGAAAGUGGUAUUGAAAGAUUCUGCUAUAAGUUAUGUGUUGACUAGAAUUCAACCGGAUUUAGAAGAACCUAAUAGGCAAGGUUUAGCAUUUCAAUUCUUGAAGGCUAUUGUUGCACAACACUUGCUUUUGCCGGAGAUUUAUGACGUGAUGGAUAGUGUUGCUAAAUUGAUGAUUGUGAAUCACUCAAAGGAGAUUCGUGACAUGUCAAGGUCAAUUUAUUUCCAAUUCUUGAUGGAGUAUGAUCAAGGAAAAGGUAAAUUGGAGAAGCUGUUCAAGUUUUUGGUUAAUAAUUUGACUUAUCCUACUGAAGAAGGUCGUCAAUCAGUUAUGGAACUUAUCCAUUUGAUCAUUUUGAAAGCUGGACCAGAAUUGUUGGAGAAAUUGGCGUCAUCAUUUUUCAUUGCAUUAGCAAACAUUCUUGUUUCUGAUGAUUCUUCUCGGUCCAGAGAAAUGGCCAAUGUAUUGUUGACAAGUAUGAUGAAGAAAUUGAACAGCGUGGAUUUCAUUGAGAAAUAUUGUACUGCGUGGUUGCAACAAUCAUCGAAUGUGUUGUUAAAGAGAUGCGGUUUCCAAGUCUACAAAAUGUUGAUAUCUGUAUUUGGUAUGAAGCAGUUUCCAAGUUUGAACAAAUUGGUAUUGGAGAAUAUAUCAAAGAUUCUUUCUGAUUCCAAGUUCAGCGAAGAAGGAAACAGCGUUGAUUGGGAACUCACGUAUUCGAGUUUAUCCGUUUUUGGAGCUAUUGUCUCUUGCGUCAAGGAUCAAAUUUAUGAGCAGAAGUAUGUCUCACUUUGGGAUUUGGUAAUUGAUUGUUUGUUGUAUCCACAUUCAUGGAUAAGAUUGAUUACUUGUCGAUUGGUUUCAGUCUUGCUUUCAAAUCUCGACAAGAGCAAACUAGAUAAUGAUAAAAUGGAAUUGAUUGCCACGAAACUCAUUCAUCAAUUGAGAACACCCUCAUUAUCGGAUGAAUUGGGGACCUUAUGUAUCAAGAAUUUAGCUUUUAUUGCUGUGAAGUGGGAAGAGGCCAGUGCAGAGCUCAAAAACGGUGAUGAUGGGGAGAUGCAAUACGCCAAUGAUUUCUUAAUCAAGAGAGUAUGUGGUAUCAUCAAACAAGAAAAUCAAUCGACAAUUGCCAAAAAGAUGACAAUCAAGUUCCUAAUCUUAUUUAUUCAAUUGACAAAAGAAGACCGAAUGAUUGAAGUUUCUGAAAAAAUUAUUGAUUCACUAUACAAUUUCACCGACGAAGAAUAUUGUCGAUCAUUAUCAGAUGAUGAAUUAACCAAUAUGAGUUUACAAGCAUUGAAUAUGGUUAAAGAGAAAAUCGGUACUACUGAAUAUACUCGAUUGUUUGCCAAAGUUCGACAACAAGUUGAUACUAGAAGAAAAAGCCGUAAAGCCAAGAGAUCACAAAUGGCAGUCACUGCUCCUGAUAUUGCUGCUAAACGGAAAUUCAAAAAACAUGAACGGGUUAGGGAAAAGAGAAAACACGAAAAGGAUGAAAAUGGGUAUUAUAGACCUAAAAAGAAGAGAGUUAGAUAG